AUGGGCGACCUUUACCUUACCCAGCAACAUCUGAACGGAUUCGAUAAUUAUAAGUACAAUGCCAGAGAUACGUCACCGCUCAGUAUAUACGUCAUGCACCCGUUUUGGAAUUGGCUCGUAGAGUACUUUCCAAAAUGGGUCGCCCCGAAUCUAAUGACGUUUGCCGGCUUCCUGUUCACGGUGGCCAACUUUGUCAUACUGUCCUGGUACGACUGGGGAUUCUGGGCGAGUACCGACCUGGAGGACACAACGCCGGUCCCGAACUGGUUUUGGGCGGCGGCAGCCAUUAACAUCUUUCUGGCCUACACGUUAGACGGUAUCGAUGGCAAACAGGCGCGCCGCAUUCAGCUGUCCGGUCCGCUGGGUGAACUGUUCGACCACGGGCUGGACUCGUACUCUGCGUUCUUCAUUCCUGCCUGCCUGUACAGCAUUUUUGGCCGCGGGCCAACGUCCGUUCCGCCGAUCAGGAUGUACUACAUUAUGUGGACUAUUUUCUUCAACUUUUACCUCUCGCACUGGGAAAAAUACAACACGGGUGUGCUGUAUCUGCCCUGGGGUUACGAUCUAGGAAUGUGGGGCUCGGUGCUGAUGUAUCUCGCCACGUACAAAUUUGGCUAUCAGCUGUGGAAAGAGCCGAUGCCGUGGGGUGUUUCGGCCGGCCAGCUGAUGGAGCUAUGCCUCCACGUGAGCGCCAUGUCCAACCUGCCCAUGGUAGUCUACAAUAUGUACCGAUCGUACAAGGAUCGCACGGGAAAAAUGCGUUCCUACAAGGAGGCCAUGCGGCCUCUGUUCACGUACGGCACCUUCAUGUUCGUCUGCUUGCUGUGGGUUUUCGUUUCCCCGGGUGACAUUAUGAACCGUGAUCCCCGGGCCGUUUACAUUAUGACCGGAACGAUAUUCAGUAACAUCAGCUGCCGGUUGAUUGUUUCGCAAAUGUCGAACACGGUUGCGGAGACGUUCAACUGGAUGACGGGCGUGCUAGGGCUGGCGGUACUGAUGAGUCUCACGAUGCCGCUCCUCGAAAGGCCACUGUUGUAUUUACUCGUAAUCGGUUCAUCGGUGGCCCACUGGCACUACGGUAGUGGUGUGGUGCAACAAAUGUGCAAACACUUCAACCGAAAGUGUUUCCUGGUGACAAAACCUAAUGAAUCCAAAGAAUAGGAGGCACUACUACGCGCUGUCUAGGAGCAACCGUCAAUAUCGUGAGGAAAUCAGGUCGCUUGUCAAUUGAUGACUGUUUGAAUGCCCUCCCCACUUGGAAGCAGCCUUACUU